GUUGUUAGCUAUGCAGCUUGAAUGUAAUUAGUCAGAGCCCAUUAGAAGAAUGGGUACUGGACACAUUGAGUUGUGAGAUACAUUGUAAACCUGUUGCAAUGGACUUCCUUGCUCAUUUAGCAGCAGUAGACACGUUUCCUAAGCAAUUGGCAACCAUCUUGAACGAAUGCUUGGCAGAAAUGGAUACUAAACUGGAACUACACACUAUUCAAGACUGCGAAUGUGUCUGAAUGUACCUGAUCUAUACUUUGUGUCCAACACCAUUCAUGCUGUAUUCAUUAGCGGUUGCUCUGAUUUUGUGUAGAAUCGAGACAUCCCCUACCAAGUCUUGCCACCUAUUUGCCUCAAUCAGCACUACUAUAACAAGGGAAAAGUAAACUACCAUAAAUUGAAGCACGUGUCUGAAGUGCCAUCUGCAUUUGGAAAUCUGCAAUUGGAAAGUUUUUUGUUGUUGUUGAAUGUAGUAUAGUAUUUUACAUUCUACAGUAAACCCUACUACUCUAAUUACCUAAGCAUCCCUCUAAGUGAAGGGUCUUGUGGAGCCAUAAUGGUUUUUACACUAUAAUUAGAAUAGUUAUGGUAUCACACACAGUUAUUCGACAUAUCUAACCAUGCCUUGUAACUUUGGGUUAGGUCCGCAACACACUAAUGACUUGGCAAAAACCGUUGCCAAGGGUGUGACCAACAUACCGGUUGGAAUGCAGGCAAGAACACAGUCGACGACCUGCGCGAUUUGAAAUAACUCAUAUGUUUGAUACAUCAUAGCAGAAUUCUAUGACAUGAGUAAUAAUAAUAAGUUUCAUUAUUUAUUUGAUCACAUGCUACAUAGUUGCCUAGCAGGUCAGUCGUACAGGUUGGUCAUAGAUCACAUGACUGACCGGUGUUACUGUACCCUAAGCGUCUCAUGCAUCAGGUAAUGGAAUAUUAUGCACACGUUAGAGAACUUUGUGAUGAACAUCAUGAGGCUGCAGUACUGUGGCUAACCUUGAAGGCUCGGGCUAUUGGCUAGUUUAUAUGGCAAAUCAUGCAAGUUACACUCACUCUUCAGAGAUGAGAUGCAAAUACUGUUUUGUUAUUUGACUACCAUGUGUGAAAGCAUGAUUGGAUGGUGUAGCCGGUUAGGAGGGGUGCUGGAGGGAACACUAAACGUGAGAACUACCAGAAUUAGAAUUCUGCAAGUUGGCAUCACAACAUUGAGCUUUGCUAUAUGAAUUUGGUUCAUAGAAUCUCCUUUUCUGUUAUGUGUCUAUUGUACUUAUUGUGACAUUUGUCUUUACUUCUCUUGGUUCUAAGAUUUAAUGGAUACUGUGUGAGAUGUAUAUAAUAUGCAGUGUUGGGGUUUUGAGUCUUUUGCUAUUUCUAUUGUAUCAUUGUAGUAGUUGGCUUGGUUAUUAUUGGUAUGCUGCAGUGCGGGGAUUUAUAUCGUGUUCCGUGUAUAAUAGGGCUGUGGUACCAUGGAAGGAUUUCAGACAAAGUUUUUACCAGGUUCAUCCAAUUCAGUCAAAUCUUGAAGCAAUGGCAUUGAAGUCAACCAUUGAUCUGACAUGCAAUGAUUAUGUGUCUGUGUUUGAGUUUGAUGUCUUCACACGUUUGUUUCAACCAUGGCAGACUCUUAUACGGAACUGGAAUGCAUUGGCUGUCACUCAUCCAGCAUAUCAAGCGUUUUUGACAUAUGAUGAGGUGAAGGCUAAGUUACAGAAGUGGUUGCAUAAGCCAGGAACAUAUAUUUUUAGACUCAGUUGUACCAGGUUGGGUCAAUGGGCGAUUGGGUACGUCACUCAAGAUGGCAACAUUCUUCAGACAAUUCCACAGAAUAAGUCAUUGUGUCAGGCAUUGAUUGAUGGAGCUCGUGAAGGAUUUUAUCAGUUUCCUAAUGGAGAAGAUCACAACCCUGAUCUGUCACAAGAUAUUGGUGUCAAACCUGAAGAUCACUUGAAAGUGACACAAGAGCAGUACGACCUCUACUCUGAAAUAGGAAUGACUUUUCAGAUGUGCAAAAUUUGUGCUGAAAAUGACAAAGAUGUUCGGUUAGAACCAUGUGGUCACUUGCUGUGUUCUACAUGCCUUGCUAACUGGCAGGAAUCAGGAGGUACUGGGUGUCCAUUCUGUCGUGAACAAAUUAGGGACUCAUCACCAGUUGUUAUUGAGCCAUUCCAGUCAAUUGCUAUUAAGAAGAAAAAUGGUGGUAAUCCUCCUCCAUUGCCAUUGCCACGGGCAGUCAGUAGUCCUUUUCCGACAGGAGAUCAAACAGGAUGUAUUGCUUCUGCACCUGUGGCUAUGAAUUUUAGCGUACCAGAAUUGAGUGACAGGGAAUUCAGUGGUGUGAAUGAUGUUGCACAUAGAGCUGAUGGACUUCGACCACAGUUACCAAAACGCAACAUUGCUGGAGUGACAGGACAUGAGAGAGGGCAAGGUAUCAGUACCCCUCCACCUCUUCCUCGUAGGACUCCCCCUACAUCUCCUAAUGGAUCUCCAGUUGCAUCUCCUUUACCUGCACCUCGAAUGGGAGGACAUUUGGCUGUUGGUCAUGGAGGCACUCGUACGAACGUUGCUGUCAGGGAUGGAGGGGUUCUUCCUAAUGCCAGGUCUCGCCACGACAUUUGGCCACCAGCUGCCUCAGCUGCACAGAACUUUGCACCUGUUGGAAGGAUGGAAUAUCAGGUUCUUGGUGACACUCAGGCAAGAGCAGAAAUGGCAAGCAGUGUACCUCCACCUGUGCCUCAACAUUACGGACGCGCAAGUACAGUAAAGUAUGCUGACUUGGAUCACAGUGGUUAUCCAAGUGGUCGCUAUCCAUCUCCAGUUAUAUCUUUGCGGCAGAUGACAUCAUAUUCACAGAUAAGUCAUGCUAUUUCCGAUGAGGAUGGUAGGCAAUUACCAAUUCUUACAGAUGGCAAUGGUCAUGAAUCAUCGAGCGAUGAGGAGUUUGAUUAUGAUGUGCCACCAUCAAUUACCAACUUACGACGACUGCAGUCUGAUGAUCGUCAUUCUCCCUCUCCACAUGAAGAUCUUUACAAUGUUCCUCGUUCUUUGGCUGGUCGUGAGACUAGCCCUUUCAACUCUGAUCCUACCUAUGAUUCCCCUCCCACUCUUUCUCCUCAAGAAUUUCAACAUCAUAGACCUGUACCUCCUCUUCCUGUAAAGGGCUCUAGAACUGCUCCACCUGUACCUGCUCAUAAACAUAGCAGUUUGGCCAAUCACAGGGCUGAAGAAGAACUAUAUGACCAUCCACGGAUGAACAAUCGCAAUGAGGUAUAUGAUGUCCCACUCUUCCGCCCUCAACAACAACUUGAAGACAAUGAUGAACCUGAGUAUGAUCCAGUUGCUCCUGAUCAGCUCCCUCUUCCUCCUGUUCCAGGUCGAACAAGCAACCAAACUGGAGUUCCUUUGAGAAGUGGCCCAGUAAUGCCUGUACAUAGAGUGUCAACUAUGAUCAGCCGUGGAUAUGAAUCUGGAGUGGUUGAAAGUCACCGUCCACGCAGUGCCAGCAGUGGAGGGCACAUGAAUCGUGAGAUCUCUAUUCAGCAUCUGAUAAACCGGGGCUACACUCGAGAUCAAGUUGUUAGAGCUCUGGCUGUCUCACAGAAUGACUUCAAGAUGGCUGAGAGGAUUCUAGAAGAGUUUGGAAAGUAACAGUAAUAAGGAAUAUGCCAUAGAGAUGAUUACAUUGUAGAGAUGAUUACGUUGUAGAGAUGUGUCCGACAGUGAAUCAGAUGGGAACUGUAUGGUGAAUACGUAAAUUUACUUACUAAUCAAGGAAUGGCUGUAGUUGUAGUAAGAAGUCAACCUGUAGGGUUUCAUCUUUGAUGUUGUGUAUAUAGACUAAGGAGCUACUAAAGUAGCAGGAAGUCGUGGACAAUAUGUCACUGUUUGUACAAUAGAAUUUCUUUGACAUCUAUAUAAGUAACUGAUCUACUGUAUGAACAGGUAAUGGUUUGUCUGCGAGAUGACGAUGCUGUGCUGUCAGACUCAGGUUUGAUUGCAGGUAAUGAAAGCUUGGUUGCUUCAUCAUCACUGCAAUUUCAGUAUAUACCUGUAGAUAGAUUGAAAGAGGUAAUACCGGUAAGCCACUAAUUCAAGGAGUUCAUGAAAAAAACUACAUAACUUUAUUAAUACAGAAUUACUUUUAGUGGUACUUAAAAGUAAAUCUUUGCGUCUUCUUCUAUAGUCAUGUGCACGUCAGGUCGAUAACUAACUAACAUACCGCCUCGCCUCUGUCGUGUCAUUCUCCUCCAAUGUCUUUCAUCCUGGUGGGCGGACAGCAAAGGGGUCUAGAGGCUGGCUUGACUCUAUUAGUAGUCGAUAACUACGUACCAUGCCUUCAUAAUCAAUACAGCAGAAGCCACGUCAGUCACCUCAUGCAACUUUCUUCUCAUUGUACUUACAAUAGAAGAUGGGAACCAAUUUUCUUUGUAUGAAACUCACAUCUGGACCAUGGACAUCCUUCAACCUAAAAGCCCUCAAGAAAGAACUUGUCAGUGCAAUCAAGGCAUUUCUUGGUUACUGUGCAGCAAACUCACACUGUAUGGCUCUACAGGCCUGUCGACACUGCAUGGCAAAAUAGAUCUAGAGUUUGUGUAAUUACUGGGUUCGGUGGCUUGAUAAUUCUCUAACAAGCAAAGAGGUUUGUUGGUUUAUGUAGUACUAGCUAAUUAGCUUGUUCUUCGCCCGAGAAAAUUAUCACAAAUUCUCAUACAAUUCAGUUAUUGGGUGGAGAGAAAACACCAGAGAGAGACACAAAUACACACACACACACACACACACACACACACACACACACACACACACAC